GGCUGUCUUGACGUACGCUGUCUACAACUUUCUGUAAUUCUUCACCCUCAACGUGGACGAUGUCAAUGCGCAAGCUACCUUUACGAGUACUUUACACGGUUAACAGCUCUCCUCAAUAUAUUCUUGCCCGGUCACCAUCUUCUGUGCAGGUUACUCUUUGCCCAUCUCCUUCUGCUGCACAUGCGCAGUACGGUUUGGCACCACUUAAAGCAUGUCUCAAUGCUAUUUGCAACUCAAGCCCAGAGCUUCUCCUGGAUAACUCCAGGGACUUUUCUAUCUAUGUACUGGACCCAUUGGAGUCGCAAACUAUGCCAGCCCAUGUAGACUUUUCCCAAUCGAACGCGGCGUCUACUUCAGCGCCGCAAGCAGCCCAACCACGAGGAGUGGCCGUUGCACUGGGGCUGAUGUCGUGGGCACUCACAGCGGACGAAUCAGACAGCGUGACUGUCACCGGUACAAUCACAACGCUUGGUACAGGUCUUGAUGCCCUAGAAGUGGUCUUUGCUCUCCGAGAGACUAAACACAUCCAGAAAUCUCACUUGUCUGAUGCCUUAAAAUCUUGGAGCCAGCCACCCAAGGCAUCACAUACAAAUAAAUCAAUUCUACCUCCCGAACCCACUAACUCAGAAACCCCACCCUCGUCACAAGAGCUUCUCACUAGAUCUGCCGAUUUUCCUGAGGUUUACAUCGGACCUCCUAAGCGCGGUCGGGGCCGCCCUGAGGGUCCGAAGAAGAAGCCCAAGCAGUCAAAGUCACAAAAACCUCAUGCGUGGCCUGCAGCACCACCAUUUAUAUGUGCUCCGCUCGUGCGACUACAUCAGCAAGAGCCAGAAGUGGCCCCUACCCAUACACCUACUUCUUUACUUACAAUACUGUCUGCCCUAUCUACUGGGAGAGACAAUACAGCGCUUUUGGCUGCUCUUUCGACGGUGGAUUCGACACCGUCGGGAUCAGAGCCAAGCCCAGCGCUGCUAAAUGCAUUAAGGGAUUUGCUGGCAGCGCAAAGUCAGAAUCAACAGCAGUCGUCGCACGCGCUGCAGCCUGUCUCACGGAAUAAUCAAGACGAUGAUAUUGUUAUAUUAGAAAAGGAACACGUAGAUCCGACCGCAUUCCGACGACGUGUGGAAAGGGAAGACUCGAGCAAUUUGGCCACAACCACUGCAGAUGAAUCAGAAACAACCCCUCUGCGCCAGCGUCGUGCCUACAUUCCACUAGAUGGGAAAGAGAAUACACAUUCGUCCCCAGUGACCCGUAAGCGCAGGCUCAGUGACUUUAUGGCGGAACAGGAAAACAAUAAAGCUCGAAGAAAGCGUGCACACGCUCGGUCAGAAUCCGGGCGAACAUCGGGCUCCUCUGAAAUACCACAAUCAAUAAUACCUCCAGGUCAUCACCGCACCGUUCGCUCAAAUUUUGACACGAGUGUAUCAUCUGAAAUGCCCACCAGUUCUUCGCUUUUCCGUCCGAGGUCAUCUCCUUCCAGGCCGAUGUGUCGCUCUGUAUUCCAAUCCCAGACCUCCCUCGCCAUGCCGCAUUCGACACAAGCACCUGUAAAGCCCGUCAAAAAUUUUGUCGUGCCAGAGUGGGCACGUACAAGCACCGCUACCCGACCAAAGCUCUCGAAGGAGGUUGAAGAACGUAUUGCACUCAUGGAGCAGGAGAAGAAAGGGAAGCGCGCUGGACGGCGAACGCAGAAACCAGGAUGUUCGCAACAAGGCGCCAGAGCACCGAUUGACCUGCCUUUGGAGGAUAGAUGUACGAUGGUACACACACCUGUCGAAGAGGUGACCAUGCCGCGUCUACAGAGUGCUCUUUCACUCUCCUUGCCUGUCUUUGCAUCUGACGUAUCUAUAUCGUCCCCCCUCUCGCCUCCUUCCCCUGUGUUGGAGACACCUCCAGUACCCAGCACACCUCCGCGGAGGACAUCAGUUUUGCGUGCUACGUCACGAAGCCUUGGACCCGACGAGGCUUCACCACUGUUCAGCCCAACUCCCAAAUUAUUUUGGGGUAGCACUGGAAAGACGCCGCACUUUCCCUCCCAUCCCCGCACACCUUCACGUACGAGUAAGAAACCUGUCUUUUCUCCUAUUCACCUUCGCACACCAUCUGCAAAAAUAUCUCCUCUACGACUCGGACUCAGACCGCGCUCAUCCCUCGAAUGGGCCAACAAGUCAGUCGAACAACCCGUCGACCGCGAAGAAGAAGACCUGCUCGGCAAAGAACUCGACGAUGCGCUUCAAGGGCUGGAUGUCCCAGCAUUUAAGCAGCAGGACGCGACGGACACCCUCGAAAGUGGCGAAGACAAUAUAACGUUACCUCUAUCUCCCCUUCCUCCCUCUUCCCCGCUCCCGCCUACCAGUCCUUUGCUACUUCCUUCCACAGACGAUCCAAUGGAAGAUUUCUUCGACAGCGACGCUUUCUUCAGUGACUCGGAUGGAAUACUGGGGGACGCAAGCGAGUUUCCACCCUCUUCGAUCUCCGAUUGGUUUUCCUCGGAUGAUGAUGGUGGAGCGGACAUAGACGAGUUGCUGACCUUAGACGGGACCUCAGGGUUGGAUCCUGAAGGUUCUUUUUCACCAAAUGCGUUUGCUGAUAUGGACUUUACGGAGUUUUGGGAGUCGCUUAAACCUCUCCUUCAGGCAAGGGCAGACGAGGAGGGGAAAACAACUGUCAGCACGGACUCUGGAGCCAUAAUGGAUGGUGUCGAUGUGGACUCUGGAAAGCUUGCUCAGGAGGUACAGGUGCUUUUGAGUGGGUGCCUGAUGUGACAUUAUGGACGCGUACGACAUUAAAAGACAGUUUAAGCAGAAGCUCAUCUACGAAAUCACGCUCCGAGCACGCAAAUGCUUAAACACAAUCAACUCUGCGAGUAUAUAUUAGAUAGAAACUUGCGCUCGCAAUAUGUCACAAGAUAUGUGAAACACUAGCACGUAUAUUGUGAGCUCGUACUACUGAUUAUGCGUAA